AGCGCGACUGCCUCACACGGCACUCCAUAACGCAAAGCGGAGAUCCACGACGAAUAGAAAUAUAUCCAAAUAAACCCCGCACGUUUCACUCAACCAACAGAAAAAAAAUAAGAAGGGAAACCCCCGAAAAAGGGCAAAUGCUGUCUCUUCGAUCCCAUCAGCAUCUUCUUCUUCGUGAUUCUCUUCACUAUUUCUCUUCAAUUUCUCCUUGGAGAUCAGCGAUGAGAUUUGGGGCAGCGUCGGCAACGGCUUCGCCUUACAGCACAGCGUCGAGAUUGCUUUUCCGGCAGUUGUUCGAGAAGGAAUCGUCGACUUAUACUUAUCUCCUUGCCGAUCUACGCCACCCCCAAAAGCCCGCUGUGCUGCUUGAUCCAGUAGACAAAACAGCAGACCGAGAUUUAGCUCUUAUUAGAGACCUGGGUUUGAAACUCAUCUAUGCAAUGAAUACCCAUGUGCAUGCUGAUCAUGUGACCGGAACGGGCUUAAUAAAGACCAAGAUGCCUGGCGUGAAGUCUGUCAUUUCAAAAGCUAGCCAAGCAAAAGCAGAUCAUGUGGUUGAACAUGGUGACAAAAUACAUUUCGGAAACCUGUUCCUAGAGGUGCGUGCAACACCUGGUCACACUUUGGGUUGUGUUACAUAUGUAACUGGGGAAGGACCUGAUCAACCUCAUCCAAGGAUGGCUUUUACUGGUGACGCCUUGCUCAUACGUGGCUGUGGAAGGACAGAUUUUCAGGGAGGAAGUUCACAUCAACUUUAUCAAUCAGUGCAUUCUCAGAUAUUCGCAUUGCCAAAGGAUACUCUAAUAUACCCUGCUCAUGACUAUAAAGGAUUCACAGUCAGCACAGUUGGAGAGGAGAUGAUUCUCAACCCUCGGCUAACAAAGGAUGAGGAAACCUUCACAAGUAUCAUGAAAAAUUUGAACCUGGCAUACCCAAAGAUGAUUGAUGUAGCGGUGCCAGCAAACUUGGCUUGUGGAUUUCAAGAUAGCACGCCAGAGGCUCGAGCAUCAGCUUAGGCUCAAUAGAGCAGGUUCAGCCUGCAGUAAUAUAAUACUGUUAAAGAAAUUAAGAAAGCAAUCUCUACGUAUAUCGUUUGAACGCAUCAUUACGAUGAAAUGGUUUGUGCUCACAGGAAGCUACCCUUGUAUAUUGAAGCUUUCUCUGGUUAAAAAUAAAAGCGAGCAAAACCAGUGACCUUGUGAUAUUAUUGAGACUGUUAUGUUAUUAAGGUGCCUCUUCAUGCCAUUCCUUUUCCAUUAUGCAACUCCCUGCUGAAUCAAUAGCUCACAAAAUUUGUUACUGAAAACAAUUACUGUUGCUGUAUAACUAAUCGUAAACAUUACUGUUGCUGUAAAACUAUCGUGUAAGUGUUGGAGUUUGAGUCUUGAGGGGAGCAGAAAUGUUUGUAACUUUUGAAGCAACAAUUGUUUGUGAAAGAUAGUCUAUGAUAUGGGUGAUAAAGAAGCUAAGGCUAAGACGUUAGUUCU